GUUCCGACCCGCGAGCCCGGAUGGGGUUUGGCUUUCUUACCUGCUCUCCUUCUGAUCCCUUCACGUUUAGGCGGGCGGGGAGCGGCCUCAGUGCAGGAACUACCGGCGACAGCGCCUGCCCGGCAGAGCAUCUGGGGCGGCGGCUUUGGCGGCUCGGGCUGCAGCAAGAUAAAGCCAUGUGUGUUUCUGUAUUGUCUCUAAAGGGCUCCCUCACUCUGACAGCCCCUCCUGAGGCGUAUGCCUGCCGCUACUUCCUUCCCGAGGCUGUCCGCAAUGCUCGCAGUCUGUGUGAGCCUCGCCUGUUUUAUAGGAGCGGAGCGGCCUCCCCGAGCAGCAGGGACAGCUCUGCGGGGAUCGCCCUGCGGCGGGACCCCUCAGGGGCUCGGGCCGGCCGCCACAGCCCCUGCGUGCCCCUGAUGGGGACUCGAGGUGGCUCUUCUUGGGGGGUGGUGCGGUAAUUAGUGGCAGGGCACUGAAGGUUUAGGGAAACCCUCAGGUCUGCACACCUUUACUCGCUGGCGUUUAGUAGCGCUUUUGAUUGUUUUACGUGUUUUUAAUGUGAUCAGGUGCCACCUAAAGAGUACACACAGGUGUAGCAUGUGCCUUUUGGCAUAUUUUUCCUCCUUUUAAGACGUUUCUGCUUUUCUGCCCCAACAUGAAAAAUAAGGUGAAUUACUUUAAAAAACUGUUGUUCCUUCUGUCUUUACCCGAGGCUUGUAUAAAUUUCACCAGAUGUUCCUCUCACUGCAGCAGCAUCGUACAUUCCCAGCCUAAAUCAAGACUGAUCAAAGAACUUACUUCUUUUUUUUUUCCUUGGAAAUAUGAAGAUAAUGAAAAAUACGAAAAAAUACGAAAAUAUGACUUACUACCAUCUGAUAAACUAUCAAGUUAAAAAACUGUCCUAGUAACUUCUCUUUCAUACUUUUUUACUUGAUAAACAUACCUUGUCCUUUUUUAAAAAAAAAACAGAUGCUACAACCAAUUCUAUUUGAUCAAAAGUUUCUUGGUAGGAUUUUUUUUUAUUGUGCUGUAGGUAGUGUGUUUGUAUAUGCAGGAACAAAAGAGUUGAACGAGUUGAAGACCAGAUCUUUACAUUGGGAAUUGUUUUUGUUGCACAGGCUUCCUGUCUGUCAGAAAAUCAUAUCCUGGAGAAGCUGUAAGCCUUUCCCAUGUAAACGUUCAGACUAUGAGGUGCCUAAAUACAUACAUUGCAAUGAAUAAAUAUUUCUGAGACUUUCAGCCUUUGCUGUGUUGGUGCCUCCUGCCUGGAGACUUUGAUGCUGUUUGCCUGUAUAGAGGAAUCUUGCUCAUAGGGCCAAUCAUUGUGUUCAGAAGUAGGAGUCAUAUCUGGUAUAUGUGAAUAGCCAAAGUGUGUAUGUAAAGCUGUGCUACAAUGAGAGUUGCUUUAUGCAAUCAAGAACUGAGCAAGAAGCAAGAACACCAGAAAUCUUUGCUAAUGGGCAGAUAUUAUAUAAAAGCACAGCAAACACAGUGUGCUUUCAGCAGUUUGGUACUUCGCCUUGGUCAUAAAUCACUUGCAGGUUCAUCCUAGGUCGAGCAACUGACGACUGUUCUGCUCAGUGGGAGAAAGGGGAUCUUAGCAGAUGGUUCCUCUUUUCCCUCCCCUUAAAGAAGGGCCACCCUGUAAUGCAGUAUUGGUACAUUGUUAUUUGCAUAUUAACCUUCAGCAGCUCCUCUGGUACCUGGUUGCAGUGUGAUCGGUCUUACCAGAAGAUAUAUUUUUUAUGAAACAGUGAAAUGAUCCUAGCUUCAGGUCACUGUCCUGGUUUCUUAUCAUAGCUUUCUAUAUCAGUAGCAGAGUAGUUUUGGUGAAAAAAAAUAAAUCUACAUAUAUCAGCAAAAAGAUUCCUCACAGCUGCAGUGAUCAGCAAAAAAAGAGUUGAAGACAAUGUUGCACAAGAGUGAGCGAUGAGGAAAUCCACAUCUUGGUUAGCUUGUGUGAAAGCAGAGCCCUGCAUUAGCCAUAGCACUCAUGUGGCUGGGCUUUGGCAGCAUUAGAUUGUUCUGAUAGUAUUUUUAGUGGCAGUAUAUUAGGAUUAUUGCAUGUUAAAAAAUGUAUACUAUUUGUCUCUGGUUCUCCUCCUCCAAACCUCUCUUCUGUUUCCACUGAAAUAAUUAUUUUGUGACAGAAUCAUAGAUUUUAAUAUAUGUGUUUUUUCUCUGACAUAACUUUCGUUUUCUCUAGUCUCUGCUUUCCCUCCUCCUUGGUAAGUUUUUUCCCAAUUGGUCAAAGCCACAGAUUCUGAUUUCACUUAAAAUUAAAUUAAGUACUUGGAAGAAAAAACCUGCUAGCAGGUUUAACGUGGUAUAACGCAUCACGUGACUCCAGCAGAUAAACAACUCCUACCCUGAAGGCUUUAAAACGCACAGAAAACAAACAAGACUAGAGAACAGAAUGAAGUAUCCAGUCUUCAGUGAGGUGUUGUACACACCUUCAGACAAAUCGUAGCUCUUAGCAGAUUCCCAAAAAUUGGGAAUAGCAAAGCAGGCUGGAGGGGAAUAAGGAGAAUUGGAGGACAAAACAAGCUAGGUUGAGAGAUAACUGUGAUUGUUCUUUCCUGGGUGCAGAUAGUAGGGAAGAAACAGUCAAGGCCAUCAGUAACAACACUGUAUAGAACUGCAAAUCGUGCUGCUGACUGAGGUGGAGGCACCUGGACAGUGACUGAGCCUGUAGUCGCAGAGGUUUUAUUUACAGUAACUUGCUUUUGGAAGGCAUGGAGCAUCUUCUGGAGACUUCAGAAGAAGGUCACUCUCUUCCAGUCAGUCAGUUCUGAAGCAGAGGAAACACUUUACUUCCUGUGUCCUUAGAACCAUUGAGAUCUGGAAACAGUUCUGGGAGGGAGCAAAUUGUGGUGUCAGAAGUCAAGGGCUGGCUCAAGGACAAUGUGGAAUUGUGAUUUGGAGUCGUGGAGAAUUCACAGUCUUUCCACAAUGGCAGAAAGGACAGAUUUUAAAAACUCACAAACUUCACUGGCUGAAUACAGCCCCGUCAAUAGAUCAGAAAGGACAGAUGGAAGUGGAAAGAAGGCUGGAGACCAAAAUGCAUUGCAACUGAAGAAAGAAAUAUCUUUAAUAAAUGGGAUAAGCCUUAUAGUAGGCAACAUGAUUGGUUCAGGUAUCUUUGUCUCUCCCAAAGGAGUUCUCAUCUACAGCAAAUCUUACGGAUUGUCCUUAGUAAUUUGGGCAAUUGGAGGGAUAUUUUCAGUCUUUGGAGCUCUCUGCUAUGCUGAACUUGGAACCACUAUUACAAAGUCAGGAGCCAGCUAUGCAUAUAUCUUGGAGUCUUUUGGGAGCUUCAUUGCUUUUAUUCGUUUGUGGACCUCACUCCUAAUUGUUGAACCAACUAGUCAGGCAAUCAUUGCCAUCACCUUUGCUAACUACCUAGUACAGCCUUUCUUCCCUACUUGUGACCCUCCGUAUUUGGCUUGUCGUCUCUUAGCAGCUGCUUGUGAAUGUCUUUUAACAUUUAUAAAUUGUGCCUAUGUUAAGUGGGGCACACGUGUGCAGGAUGUAUUUACUUAUGCUAAAGUUCUUGCUCUUAUUGCCAUCAUCAUUGCUGGACUUGUGGAAAUAUUCCAGGGACAUACAUGGUACUUUAGGAACUCUUUUGCGGGAUCCUCUACUGACAUUGGAGAAAUCUCCCUUGCUUUAUAUUCUGCCUUGUUUUCUUACUCUGGCUGGGAUACGCUCAAUUAUGUAACAGAAGAAAUCAAAAACCCAGAAAGGAACUUGCCCCUGGCUAUUGCAGUGUCUAUGCCAAUUGUGACUAUUAUCUACAUUAUGACCAAUGUAGCUUACUAUACAGUGCUGGAUGCUCAGGCUGUUCUCUCUAGUGAUGCUGUGGCAGUGACAUUUGCUGACCGGGUAUUUGGUAUAUUCAGCUGGACAAUUCCCAUUGCUGUAGCCUUUUCUUGUUUUGGUGGACUUAAUGCUUCAAUUCUAGCAUCAUCAAGGCUGUUUUUUGUAGGAUCUCGGGAAGGUCACCUUCCUGAUCUGUUGUCUAUGAUCCACCUAAAGAGGUUCACACCUGUGCCAGCACUGCUCUUCAAUUGUUUUAUGACCCUUAUUUACCUGUGUGUAGAAGAUGUCUUCCAGCUAAUUAAUUACUUCAGCUUCAGUUACUGGUUUUUUGUUGGCCUGUCUAUUGCUGGGCAGUUGUAUCUACGCUGGAAAGAACCAGAUCGGCCCAGACCUCUUAAGCUGAGUUUGGCUUUCCCCAUAAUAUUCUGCUUAUGCACAAUAUUUCUGGUGGUAGUGCCACUCUAUAGUGACUUUUUAAAUUCAGUGAUUGGAAUUGCCAUUGCUUUAUCUGGAAUUCCUUUCUUUUUCUUGGGAGUCUAUUUACCUGCAUCAAGGAGACCUCAGUUUAUUAACAAGACUAUAGGUGCAGUCACACGAUACAUGCAGCUCCUCUGUUACUGCGUUUUAACGGAGAUGGACCCAAAUGAAGAAAAGAAGGUAGAAAUCAAAUCCAACUGAAGUUCAAAGCCAUUGCAAGAAGCAGGAGAGGAUAAAGCAAUUACACAAACGAAAGGGAAGAGGUGGAACUCCGGCAGACACAGAAAAACUGUUUUAGGUGGUCUUUCAGAAAUGCUGAAAAUGUUCUUACUUGCAGAUGGACUCCAGUGUGGAUCAUGCCCUUGUGUCAUCCUAACCUGUGGCAUGUUUCCAGGGCAGGUUUUCAUUGGAUAAUGAUGACCUACUCAUUACCUACUCACACAAGCUGUGUGUCAAUACUGUUUCUUCUUCAGAAUUGGUAUGAAAAUGAUAAGAGCUAAUGGAUCAAAUUAGAUUUCUGCAGAACCAGAUGGUGAAGUAAUGCAUUAUUAAGUUAGACUAAAACCCACUUUGACUCCAAAGACUAAGUCAUUUCCAGCUUAAUUCUGAUGGAUGUUUGCAUGAAAUGAUUUGCUGUACAAUCUCAGUUCUUAUCCCAGAAGAAAACUGGUCACAACAAACUACUUCAUUCGUUUUUCUGCCCCUAAUGAUAAAUUGAAUUCUGCUCCAUUAUUUAUAGACUGAACCAACCUUUCUCCCUUGAAGAUUUUGUUCUGUAUGGUACACAGAAGUGUAUCUGACUGUGGCAAGGAUUUAAUCAGCAAAGCACCUUGGCACUGAAGAUUUGAUUAACUGUUGUUGAUUUUUUUCUUGUUAACUUGUUAGUACUUUCUCAAUUUCUGCUAGGUUUUAUGAAACUUCCAAAAUUAAAAUAUUCGGUUUGAAACCUGUAA